AUGCAGGGUAGUCAGUCAAAUGAAUUGGCCGUCUAUGUAUUGAGGCGAGGUCAAUUAAAGGCGCAGCUGACAAAAUUCCAAACAUAUAUCAAUAAUGUAGAUAUGGAUAACAAUAUCAUGCAGAUAAAAAUACGUCUAGAGAAAAUAAAAGAACUUUGGACUGAGUUUGAUGCAGUUCAGAAUAAUAUCGAGGCAUUAGAUACCAGUAAUGAGCAAUUGGACUACAGAGAUACGUUUGAAAAUUUAUAUUUUGAUAUAGUUGCAAAAGCAGAGACUAUGGUACAAGGUUCAAAUGUAGUUAGUGGCAUAAACAGGUUGAGUAUACCGGGCAAUCUUGCGCAAGGAGGUGACCCGGCGAUAAAAAUGAAGCCGUUAGAAUUACCGUCGUUUUCGGGAAAAUUUGAAGAGUGGUCCACAUUUAAAGAUUUAUUUUUGACCAUGGUACAUUUAAAUCCAACAAUAGCAGGUGUACAAAAAUUUGUAUAUUUAAGAAUGUAUUUGUGUGGGGACGCAUUGGCUCUGAUACAAAAUUUAGCGACCACAGGUGACAAUUACUCGAUUGCAUGGAACACUGUCGUAGAACGAUAUGACAAUAAGCGUAUUCUCAUACAAUCUUAUACGAGAAAUAUAUAUGAAUUAGAACCUAUGCAAAAGGAGUCGAGUGUGUGUUUAAGGAAGUUUACUGCUGAUUUAAACAUGAAUAUGCAAGCUUUAAAGGCGUUAGGUCAUGAUCCAGAUGACUGGGGUGCGCUAUUAUUGCAUGUGAUUCUAGUCAAAUUAGAUUAUAAUACAAUACGAAAUUGGGAAUCUGUGGCGACCAAAGAUAUAUUACCCUCUAUAUUGGAGUUGACAACAUUUUUAAAUGAACGGUGUAAAAUAUUAGAGGCGAUUGAUACCUCAAAAAAUUUAUCGAAUAAAUUAAAUACGUCGCAUUAUACGCAGUCUAAGCAAAAUUAUCGCAAUCCAAAUGAUAAAAACGUCCAAUUUAAAAAUAAUAAAAAAGUAAAUGCAUUUGUUGCUACCAAUCGUUUAGCAUGUUAUUUAUGUAAACAGUCACAUCCUAUUUACAAGUGUCAAAAAUUUAUCGCACUCAAUGCGAAUGAAAGAGCACUAAAGGUUGAUGAACUAAACCUAUGUCGCAAUUGCCUGGGUACGGGACACACGGAUGUACAGGUGUGCAGGUCGAAAAGGGUAUGCUCCAAAUGUGAUAAAGCGCAUAAUACGUUGCUGCAUGGUGAUGUACCACAAGUUGUACAAAAUCCGUCUACGUCAAAUGUGUCUAAUUCGGAAGUGGUGGUGAGUCACGCCGCCCGUGGUCAAACGCGCGCACAAGUACUAUUAGCGACUGCAGAGGUACAUAUAUUAAAUGCAUGCGGCGAACUAGUUGUAUGCAGGGCAUUACUAGAUAACGGCUCACAGAUAAAUAUUUUGACCGAAGCAAUGGCACAGCGAUUAGGGCUCGCGAGAACCAAAAUAAAUAAAUCAAUAACAGGUAUAAAUGAGGUAGUGAGUCGUGCCGCGUAUCAGGUAACCGCGUCUAUUAAGUCACGUAUAAAUAAUUAUUCUGCCACCUUAGACAUGCUGGUAUUGCCAAAAAUUACCGGAAAACUGCCGACCAACAAUAUCGAUACUAACAAAUGGUCUAUACCCACGGAUAUUAUGUUGGCAGAUUCUAGGUGUUUUAAGCCGGAAAAAAUUGAUUUAUUGAUUGGUGCCGACACCUAUUGGGAAAUAAUGUGCUCGGGAAAUUUCAAACUGCACACAAUGGGUCCGUACUUGCAGCAAACAAUGUUCGGCUGGAUUAUUGUAGGACCAGUGAAUGAAAUUUCAUCAAAAAAUAAUUCAAUGGCUUGCUUUGUAAUAAGUGAAGAUAAUUAUUCAAAUUUGGAAAAGGAUAUUGAAGAAUUUUGGAAAAUCGAAGAAUUUUCCAAUGCAAAUAUGGACGAAACGUCGGAAGAUAGUAUUUGUAGAAAACAUUUUGAAGAUCACAUAUCAGUAGAUUCCACGGGAAAAUUUGUAGUAAAAUUGCCGUUUCGAGAUAACGUAGACAUGUUAGGCGAGUCAUAUAACAUAGCGUUAAAAAGGUUUUUAUCGUUAGAGCGUCGUCUCGGGAAAAAUCCCGAGCGAUAUAGUCAAUAUAAAGGGUUCAUGGAAGAAUAUGAGCAUUUGGGGCAUAUGGAGAAAGUUAAUGAGGACAAUGACCUAUCAGUGAAAACGUAUUACAUGCCACACUCCUACGUUCUUAAUGAUAGUAGCUGA